AUGAGAACUUUUUUGGAGCCAGGGUGUCUGGAACGAGCCGCGCUCUGGCCCUUCGCGCCUGGCUGCUGCUGUCCGCUGGCUGCUCAUCGUCGAACUCUUCGGCGUCUGAGCGUCCCUCCCUCCUGUCGGCCUUGCACGCCGGCCCACUCGCCAGUCAGUGCCCCUACCCAGCUGCUCGCUGGACCGGACUUCGCCGCCCCGCCGCCGACGAACGAAGCAGGCUGGCAGGGAGCCGCUCCGCCCUGCAGCGGGCCCGCAUGCGCAGGCGCGCCCGCUCGGCGUGCGCAAGUCCGUCAGCGAGCCAGGCCGGCGGACCGGCCCGGCGCUGGCGCCGGUGGCGUCGGGCGACCCCGGCGGCGGCGGGAGCGGCGCGGGCGACGUGUGGGCCGAGCUCGGGAGGCUGCGGGAGCAGCUCCGCCGCGAGCAGCGGCGCGCCGCCUUCGCGGAGGAGGCGCUGGCCGCUGCGGCUGGUGCCGCCGACGGCCCCCGGCAGUCCCCCGGCGCCGUGCGCUCGCAGAAGGACGCGGCCGCCCAGACCGCCGCGCGGCCAGGGGCCCCGUGCGGCGACCUGCCCGAGCAGCCGGCGGCGCCGCCGCUGCCGCCUGCGGAGUUCAGGAGUCCGCAGGACCCCCAGUGCUGCAGGCCUGGGGCGCUCGGCGGCGCGCGCGGGGAGCACCCCCGCCCGCGGGGCGCCGCCGCGGCCGGCGGGCGCCGCAUCGGGGCUCGGGCGGAGUUCACCGCGGAGCACUUCUCGGCCGGCCCCAAGGGCCUCGGCGACGAGGACUCCCCGCCCGCCGCGCCGCGCAGCCCGACCGCAGGCGCCUGGGCGCCGUCCCGCGCCCCGCGGCCGACGGCGCCGCCGCGGCCGGCCAGCUGGGGGAAGAGUGCCCCCAGCCUCAACUGCACCUUGUUCGACGGCUGCAUGAGGACGUGCAAGAAGGACGCCGACUUGUUUCCGUCCGUGCAG